AUGAAGGUCUCCAAGUGGAGAGGCGAGAUUCGUGACUGGCGGAAGCUGUCUGUCGAGGAGACGGCGAAGGAUUUCCAGCGCGGUGAACCACCGCCGGCUCCCAAGACGCCGCGGCUCUACUCGACGCAUCUGAGGCGGCAGUCGCACGCCGUGGUCCGACAGCGGGAAG